AUGGGUUGGGGCGGGUUGCUGGUCUUUGCACGGCGGCUCAGCUCCCUGGAGGUGGAGGUGGUGCGUCAGUGGCUCCGGGUGGCGGCUCCGGACGAUGAUGACAAGUGCGCUCACCCGCGUCGCCUGCGCGCUCGUCAUCCUCGGCGGCUGCAUGGCGAGACGGACCGGACGACGACGGCGGUCAAGCGGGAGGCGACGGACAUGGACUCGUCGCAGCAGCAGCAGGGAGCGGAGGCGUCGCGGCGGACGCAGCUGCAGGAGUCGGCGGAGACGCGCGCAGCCGCGGCGCCGCUGCCGUGCCCGCGGUGCCGGAGCCGGGAGACCAAGUUCUGCUACUGGACGGCCGGUGGCGCGCUCCGCAACGUGCCCAUCGGCGUCGGCCGCUGCAAGAACCACCCGCUCGGCCCCAUCGCCACCGUCGUCGGCCACCACCACCACCACCACCGCGCCGCCGCCGGCUUCGUCCUCGGCUUCCCCAGCCCCUCCUCCUCCCCCACCUCCCCACCGCCCAUGUACGCCGACCGGUGGCAGCUCGGGCCGGAUGGCCGGUUCUGA